CAACCAUGGCUCAAAUGCUCCAAAAUGUUUACAGGCUGGCCUUCCCAGUGGCUAUUGGGGGUAUGCUAGUCCAAAAUUCCCUUUACGAUGUCAAGGGCGGCACACGAGCUGUCAUCUUCGAUCGAGUGUCUGGUGUGCAAGAGAAGGUUGUCAACGAAGGAACACAUUUCUUGAUCCCCUGGCUGCAGCGCGCAAUUGUCUACGAUGUCCGCACGAAGCCUCGUAACAUCUCCACCACUACAGGAAGUAAGGAUUUGCAGAUGGUCAGUUUGACGCUGCGUGUGUUGCACCGCCCGGAGGUGCCGAAGCUGCCGCAGAUCUACCAGUCAUACGGUACCGAUUACGAUGAGCGUGUCCUUCCAUCCAUCGGAAACGAAGUCCUCAAGGCCAUCGUAGCUCAGUUCGACGCCGCCGAGCUGAUCACACAACGUGAAGCUGUAUCCAAUCGUAUCCGUACCGACUUGAUGAAGCGUGCCGGACAGUUCAACAUCGCCCUCGAGGAUGUCUCUAUCACACACAUGACCUUCGGAAAGGAAUUUACACGGGCCGUCGAGCAAAAGCAGAUCGCCCAACAGGAUGCCGAGCGUGCUCGGUUCAUCGUCGAGCGUGCCGAGCAGGAGCGCCAGGCCAACGUCAUCCGCGCUGAGGGUGAAGCCCUGAGUGCCGAAAUUAUCAGCAAGGCCGUCGCCAAGGCUGGCAGCGGAUUGAUUGAGAUCCGUCGUAUCGAGGCCAGCAAGGAGAUCGCCCAGACUCUGUCCGCAAACCCCAACGUCACUUACUUGCCUGGCGGAGGAGAUGGAAAGGAUGGAAACAAGGGUACUAACAUGCUGCUGGGUCUGCGGAGUUAA